AUGAACCGCCCGUCAGUAGUAUCGAGCAGUUUUAGGGGAUUUGUGACCAAAGAGGCUUCUGAGACACCCACAACCAAGAGAUACGGCGUCUCACGAAGUCACAAUAACAGCUCAUCUUCGUCUUACCCUCGAAUUCCCCGCCGAAGCUCAUCACUCACUGCAAGCGUCACUGAUGGGUGUUGUGAACCAGCAUCCUCUACUAGAACACCUUCCCUCAGCGACAGUAAUUACCAAAUCCAAGUCUUGAAAGUCCGCCGGCCUGGGCGACCUGAUAUAAACAGCUCAAAAAUCUACUGUUUGGAGGAUCCGUUCCUGGAAAAAACCCCUAGACCCGCAAACAAUUCCCAGAGGCACUUCGCGGCAAACCCCCAAGUACUUAUACGUUGGAGUUCCGGUUCUUGGAACGCAUCGCGUCCGUAUCAACCGUCUGAGCUUGGGGGCUCUCGUGCUGACUCCAAGCCCGAUAUGGAUCCAACUUCCCAUCCUUUACUACGACCUAUGGACCUUCCCAUCGCAUGCGUGAAAGUGAGAGCAUCGACCAGCUUGAGUUACAUUGGCAAAGAGCCGACAUCCUUAUGGGCUACGGUGUAUAUCUCAGGCGAUGUUAGUCCCAUGCUCUCCCCGGGAGCCUCCAGUAUUGCUCCUUUGGACAUAAUCAUCCUCCUUGACGCUCUGCAACAGCCAUCUUCCGAAUUCCUAUCACAAAUCAACCUUGCCUCAUUUGUCCUCGCCAACCACAUAACACACCGUCAUGACAGGAUUGCAUUGGCAUAUGUAGACGGGCGAUCCAAUCAAGGGUUCGAGGUUUUACUUCCAUUAGGAUUCCACUCCAUUGAAGCUAUUCGAUCUGCACUGAAAUCUUUCUCCCGGUUUGCUAGCAAGCACAAAGUCAGUUUUGAGCUUGGAGAUGUCUUCCACCGGGUGUCUUGCAUACUUUUACGGUCACCCCGCAACGCAUUUCCCCAUUUGUUCUUUGUCUCUGCAACACCACCGGACCAUCUUGAGAUAUCCAAUAUUGACCACGCGAUCGGUUUCCAUACCAUAACUCCCCACCCGUCUCUACCACUAGACAAGGACAAUCCGUCGUACCCGUCUGGUUGGCAUAUAUCUUACACAGUCGGCGCUUCUGACACGGGUCCCCGAGAAACUCAUUUUAUACGCAGGAUUUCCAGAGUCAUCCAACAAAUUCGCACUGGAAUACGCGCUGGCUCCAUCGAUGAUUUAAAAAUAUCCAUCGCCCCUGGAUACGGAUGUGAAAUUCAAUCAGCCUUUGAGAGCAUCAACCUCAAGUCUCUUCGACCUGGAGAGACGUGGAGCAUCCCAGUACAUAUUUGCGUACCAAACGCUGCAUUAAGGCGAAAAUCACAAAUUGCACAAACUGGUUCUUCCUCAGAACACCCUUUAAUCUACGACAUGAUGAGUCGUCUCGAUUGUCUGCUUCAAGAUUUUACGUCAAAUGAGAUCAUCCAGCCCCUUCUGAAAGCACACGUAGAGUACCGCCAUUCAUUGUUACCCGAGCCCAGCACAGUCCACGUGGACUCUCACCUUACUAUUAUCCGACGAAUCGAGGUUGACAUGGGUGCGUCUGAAGGCUCUGUGAGGGGGAGCAUGGAAGGCAGUGCACAAUACAGUGACUACAGUCUUAGUAUGGGCUCUUUGUCGGAUCUGAGCUAA